AUGCAAUUAGACUUCUGCUACAUACACAUUCCACGACAGAUACAACAAGAUGAUGAGGAUGCCCUCGUCUUCUUGCACAAUGAUUCUGAUCUUCCGGCGACUUACUCUUGGCAAGCAGUAUCUCUAGCGGCAGCAGAAGGGAACACUUCCGCUUCAUGCCCAGCAGCCGCGCCUUCAUACAUGAGUGUGUCGUACUCACAGGGCUCUGUCGGGGAACUAAAGCCUCUCGCAAUUCGUUUCAGGCCCGAAUCCGGGACCCUUGCCCCACGUAGCCACCAGGCAAUUCGGCUCGACGUCGUGGCCCACAAAGUAGCCCCUCAGCUUCAGGCAGCUGCUGCGUGCUUCAUCUCCGGUCUCCUCAAUCCUCUGUACUUCAAAGUGGAGACACCCUGCAGGGGACUCCAGAUGAAAUUGGCCGUUCUCGAUGAAACGAGGUGGAAACGAGGUCUCCUCCUAGAGCCGCAACAAAAAACUAAUCAUGGGUACUCGACAGCUCCGGCUACGAGUAUUCGUGCAAGCAACGACACGGCUCUGGUGGCCGAGCCUAUGUCCGUCGAUGAGGGUAUUUCCAGAUUCCGGAACCCUGCCGUAUGUCUACCGGAGCUUUUGCCUGAUUGUGACCAGCUUCACGCCGCUGGUCUCGCCUUGCCGAGACAGAUUGAAAUGAAGGAUAGUUGGGAGGGAUGCAAUGGCCGUCCCAUCAUAAUGGACCCAAUUCGUAUUGACGAUCUGACUCCGGAAGAGCCAAAGCUCUUCUAUCUGGUCCUCUCCAAUGCCUGCUACAUCCCGGCAACUUUCUGCAUUUCAGCGGCGCGAUUCGCAGCUGUACCCGUUGACUGCGGCACUCCAGAGCACGCGGUUAGGCAGGGAGAGGACACGAAGAGGACAGCAACACUUCAAGUGAAGGAAACGCAGCUCCCAGGCGAUGGUUUGUCUUUUCGCGAAAUCCCAGCUGCUGUCCGUUCAAUUCAGUCAAGAACCCAAAGAAGCAUGCAAGAGCGUAGGAACACCAUAGCCGCUUUGCCACCAACGCAAGAAGGUGCCGUUUACUGGUGCCAUGAAGCAGGAGAUGUGCGAGGCCUUCCCUUGGAAGUUGAGCGAGUAUCAAGCAGACAGAACAAAGCAGCGAUCGAUGCAAAUUACAACCUCAGACAGGUUUUGCAUCGAUAUGUUAGCCACAGCAUUACAUCUACCAGGGAGCCACCGUCAUCGAAGGUCACUCCUCUCUUGAAUUGCGAUGCAUUUUUUGGCGCGCCCGGUUAUUUGUCCGCUGCUGGGCAGGAGCACUGUGCAGCGGCCACCGAAAGAGAGCGGAGAGCUCUCCUCCUCCCGGAGGAAACGGAUUCACGCGACCGAGCUACUUGGGGUUCUGUGGAGCGCGUACCUAAUGCGUGUUCUAUCGCAGCAUCCCAAGCCACGCGGCAGCGACGAUCCGCACAUGAUAAUCAACCCGCAAAUGAGGUGGCCAAUCUUCCUGCAGGUUUACCAGAAGAAUCCGACGAUGAGGAGGAAGACGCGUGGUGCGGGGAUUCUGCUCAUCCUGUUUCCGCUUUGGGAGGUGAGCAGGUAUCAGCGACGAGUGCCGUAAUCAGUACCCUAGCGCGAGACGCUCCCCAGGUAAACUGCGGAAAACGGUCAGGGAGAAGCAUCGAUGAGCCCAACGAUGGCGAAGGAACUGUUGGUGGGACCCUGUCUGCCCGGGCUCCUGUGGAGCCUGCACAAGCAUGUAACGGAGAGGCACAGAGGGUCCGCGACCGACAGUUUCCUCGUAAUGGAGACAGAACUGCAGGCAUACUGCUACCAAACGAGUCGAUACUUGUUCUGGAUGUUAAUGCCAGCUUUCAUGAGCCCCGCGUGGUUGUCGAGCAAUCACAGGAGGACGUCCACCCUGAUAGCGACGGCAAGAAAUCUUUUGACAUGCAUAUUGAGACCGGCAGCUCCCCGAACAGCCACUGCAGGGAGACCGACCCACUGUGCACGUUUACAGCCACGCCAUCGAGUGUUGUCGGGGCAAGUCCUUCUUCCACAAAUGGGGAAACGGAUCUAAAAUGUUAUCACCCCAUCAACCACUCACGACGCCAGGAUACGCUACGACAUACUGUGUAUCUGCAAAACCCAUUACCUUGCGACGUUCAUGUAAAAUUUCAUACUGAAGGAAAUUAUUUCAGCAUCACCGAAAUUAAGGUGGAUAGAAACAGUGCAGUCGGAGAGCCUUACAAUCCGAGAGCUGGCGAGGCGAUGACGCUCAGACCCGGACAGAGCGGCAAACUCCACCUGCGGUUCGAACCGCCUCCCUUGUCAUUCUGGAGCACACCACCUUUGACAGUUUUUCGGGCUUUCCUGGUUGCGUCGUUCCCGUCAGCCCCGUCAAACACCCGAGCACAGCGUUGGCCAUUAGCUGCGUUCUGCCGCCAGCCAGCCGUACGACUGCAGGAGUCGACUGGCGACGUUCACUCUCGCAGCAUCCCCGUAUCUGGAUAUGAUUAUCCCAUGGAUGUGGUCACACCUCUGGCUUACAAGCCGUCUCUGUUUCGCGUUAGUUUUGGUCGAGUGCACCUUGCCGCGCGAAAGGCUGUCAAGCGAACAGUCGUGCUCUCCAACAGUUCUCUGGUCCUGGCUAAGUGGUCAAUUUCCCAUCUGCCGAGGGACACGACCUGCGCUAUGGGCGCGACCCGGCCCCCCUUCCCCUCGACAAGUGGUCACCGCAAAACACGCACUGGAAAUUCAAGCCAACUUACAUUAUGUAAUAAUACAGAGAUGCCCGCUGACGACGCAUCUGCUUUCCGGUUCGAUAUUCGUGACGGUGUCUUGGAACCUUGCAAUAAUGGCUCUGUGGGCAGCUUUCCAAAAGAAGUCUCCUCAGGGAAAGGAGAAAGCCACUCAAUAGCUAUUUUCUUCAAGCCACGGAAGGCAGCGUUUCACCGGUCCAGGUUUCAAAUAUGCGUCGAGUAUGGACAGUCCGUUGAGUUUGAGCUCGAGGGUGUCGGAAGCAUCGACGAGGAAGACGAUGCUUCGUAA